UACAGUACAACCCUUCUCAUUUAUUAUGCUUACACAUCAAAAGAAAUUUGACUCAGAACUCCUCAUAUUUUCACUAUAAUGGCUAGUGGUUCAACGUACCUGAUAGUGAGGCCAGAGCAAGGUGGAAUUCUGGACUUGGCCAAAUACUUGGUGUUGGGGGACAUAAGGAGCGGUGUCAAGUUUUUGGAAUUUGAGAAUCCCAGUGGAGCAGAACAGCUACCGGUUGGUGAUCAUAGAUGGGUUAUUGUUGUCUCUAUUAUCGCGCGUAAGAUUAUUGGGUUUUUUGGUAAGCCCUUGGAGUACACUGGCUAUGUUGUGGAUUUCUUUCUUAAUCUUCUCUCUCAGAAUGGGAACCUUCUUGGCUUACUAUACAACCUCCUCCAUGGCAAGGUCGUAAUUCCACGGAGAGGCACGCAGACUUUUCUUAGUACUAUUGGGCAUUUGGAUGACCGAAUAGACCUUUACAAGGGCCAAGACUUGGUGGAGCAAUUGAUCUGUGAUUCUGAUUCAGGGGAGAGUGGCGUAAAUUUGAAAAUGGGGAACCGAGCUCUCAUGGACCUCUGUAUGAUGGCAUCCAAGUUAGCAUAUGAGAAUGCUGAAGUUGUUAAAGAUGUAGUUCAUCACUGGAAGAUGCAUUUUGUGGACUUUUACAACUGCUGGAAUGAUUUCCAAAAGGAGAUGUCCACUCAAGUUUUCAUAUUAUGUGACAAGCCCAAAGAUGCAAGUUUGAUAUUGAUCAGCUUUAGGGGCACAGAACCUUUUGAUGCUGAUGAUUGGAGUACUGACUUUGACUACUCUUGGUAUGAGAUACCGAAAUUGGGAAAAGUCCAUAUGGGAUUCUUAGAAGCCUUAGGGUUGGGCAACAGAACCAAUGCUGAAACCUUCCAAUAUCACCUUCAGUCGAAGGCAGCAAAUUUCAACCUGUCAAAAAGUGAUGAUGUGACUGGAAAUUCUUCAAAAGGUCGUGAAUCAAUACCAUCAAGAACUAAGUUUGGCUUAGAAAAAAAUGGUAGUGAUCACUCUUUUGACUCUGAGGAACUAGCUAGUACUGUAAUGCCACCAGAAGCACUGGAGGUGACUGCAUAUUAUGCUGUGAAAAGUAAGCUGAAGAGCUUACUCAAGGAUCACAAGAAUGCAAAAUUUGUGGUCACUGGGCAUAGCUUAGGUGGAGCCCUUGCUACAUUGUUCCCAGCGGUGCUGUUGCUACAUGAGGAGAUGGAGAUAAUGCAAAAAUUGUUGGGUUUAUAUACAUUUGGACAACCAAGGGUUGGGAAUCGGCAGCUGGUGAGUUUCAUGGAAGCUCAUUUGGAUUCUCCAGUACCAAAGUACUUCAGGGUGGUUUACUGCAAUGAUUUGGUGCCCAGGUUGCCGUAUGAUGACAAAACUUUCUUGUACAAGCAUUUUGGUGUGUGCCUAUACUAUGACAGCUUCUACGUUGAACAAAAAGUGGACGAAGAGCCAAACAAAAAUUUCUUUGGGUUAAGGUACCUGAUUCCAGAACAUCUAAAUGCUGUUUGGGAGUUAAUCCGAAGCUUAACAAUGGGUUACACCUAUGGACCAGAGUAUAAGGAGGGGUGGUUUUCCAUCUUGCUCAGGAUACUGGGACUGGCACUCCCGGGCAUUUCUGCACAUUGCCCGACAAAUUAUGUCAACUCUGUGAGGCUUGGAAAGGAGCGUGUUGUUCAGAUGUCAUCUCUUGAGAGAGCUUCUUUUCUGAAUGAUGGAUGAUUGCACUUGGAUUCUCAUGGAACCAAGAGAUCAUUGAUCUAAUGAACUCAUCAUUGGAUAAAAUUAUAAGGUACCAUUGCAUUACUUUUUUAUAUGCUUUAGGACGAAUGUCUGUUUUUGUAUUCGUUUCUAUUUCUGUUCAAAAUCUUCUUUAUCAACAACAGGAUUAUAAAGUCUUUGCAAUAUACCACCGCUGUGUCCAUGGAAUGUUUUUCUUGAA